UCCGAAGGCUGGAAAAUGAGAUGCACGCAACUAAGAAAGGAUCUUCUUAGGGAACAAGGCAUAGUAUGCAGCUUGGAAGAAGCAUCAAGUAAUCUUCAACGCCAUGUACAUGAAGCUGUCCAAUCAUCGAGGCAGCGUCGAGUUCGCCAGGUCAACGGUGAAGACACUGCUUUGGCUCCCACGGAGGCUGAUCGGAACUGAUUGAGAUAUGGAGUUUUUGGGGCAAAGUAAAAGUGACCAGAGAAGUACUG